GUUUAUAUUCUCUCCCCUGAAACAACAGGCGUGAGAGGCCAUGGGAGAGCUGAAAGGUGGUCUUCCUCUCUCUCUCUCUCUCUCUCUCUGAAGCUGCGUUUAAUGUAGUGGAAAGGGAAUCUCCAUUUGCUUGUAUGGCACUCCUCCAAAUCUGAGCUUUCUCUCGCUCUCUGAUACUCUUCCAUACUUCAUGUGAUUUUCUCUGAAUGUUUCCUACGCUUCCACUAUCUUCAACCAAAAAGAAACUAUAACACCUCUGAACUUAGCAGGAAUUCCUCUGAAUUUUUCGGAAACUCUGCAAGAUUAUCGUGCAGUUUGGCAAGCAAGAAAAACUGCCGAGAAUUGAAAUUCACUCACCUACAAAUUCCAUCCCAAAAAUGGCGGAUACCUUGGGAAAGAGGAAACUUACCCUCAAUCUUUCCCUUUUCGCCAAUUUAUCAGAUUCGAAAUCUCCGAAUGUGAAUUUCGAUUCGAGAGAUUCAUCGAAAUCUCCGAGAAAUUUUGAGAGAGAGGUCGUUGGGCUUGGAAUUGUGGCCGCCAUGAACGAUUCCAAGGAUGGCUCCGAUUCAAUUAUCUCUGUUAAAUCUAGCAGAGCCGCUAGUUUGGCGACGAUGUCGCCGAGAUCACGGCCUAUACCCAUCGUUCCUUCCUCCGCUAAACCCAUGCUGGAGAAGGAUGAUGUGGAGUUAUCCGAGAGUUAUACUUGUGUGAUCUCGCAUCUUGGGAAUAAUUCGAUCAAGAAGCGGGAGUACUUUGACGAUAAGAUUGCUGGGUCUUAUGGGACUACAAUUCUUGAGGUGAAUUCACUGAGUUCUGGAGUUUUCUCCGAGUCCCCACUGAGUCAUGGCAAGGGCUACCCAGCGAUGGUGCCGUUCCAGACCGCGGAUUUCCUGAAUUCCUGCCAUCUUUGCAAAAAAAUGCUUCAUGGACUGGACAUUUUCAUGUACAGGGGUGAGAAAGCAUUUUGUAGUCCAGAGUGCCGAUACAAGCAGAUUGUGAAUGAUGAACACAAAGAGAAAUGGGGGCUGGGAGUAAUGAAACCGCUGGAUUACUAUGCGUCUCCCUGCUCCAGUCCGAUGAUGUUUUUUGCCGGGGUUGCUGCAGCAUAAACAUCCUUAUAAUUGCCUAUAUAAAUACAUAUAUAUAUAUAUAUAUAUAAUCAAAUAAAUGAAGGAGAUCAGAUAUGGAAGUUGAACGGGGGUAUCUGAAUAAAGCAAUUGGCUUUGCGGGCAUGAGAAAUGAUGGAUAGAAUUUGAGAUGGUCUGAGCAGGUAAUCUCUACAUUGAAGAUUAUAAGAAAAAUCUUGUAGGGUGUUGAACCCAUAGAGAGAGAUAGAGACACAAAGAUCUGCAUUUCCGAAAUGCUAUUUACAAAUAUUGAUGCUACCCAUGAACUGCAUCUGCAUGCAGCUACUGAGCUAAAUUUAUACUAUUCAUGUUUGAAUUUUGAAAUAAAGAAGAGUAAUUUAAGGA